UAUAUAUUCGAUACCGCAUACUUUGCGAACAAUAAAUCUUUAUACCACCUACACCACAAUUUACUUCUAUGGGUUCUUUUCAAAUUGCCAGCGGAUGACCUUGGACGCAACAACCACUUUUGAAAGUUUUCGCUGACUUGGUCCCUUGACAAUUAACAUUAAGCCCUCAAGCGACGUCCUGCGACAGGCAACUCUCUCAAGUCGUAAAGGCUGAAACUAUGGCAUCGAUUGUAUAUGAUGGCGUUGGUGGUGGAGGUGCACUUUUUGAAGGCAUGAAGUUCUUCAUUCUUCAGCGAGUGCCUAUGCGCUCAAGGUGGAUAGAGUUAGUUCAAGUAAGGGCGUCGUUAGAAUGGAGGGGAAGAAACAUGCUAAUUUUUGCGACAGUCAAAUGGGGGUGAAGUAACAAAGUUCGAAAAGAAGGCUCAAAUUAUAAUCGCAGAUGGUGCCCGAAAAGAUGCGCCGCCGGAAUCUGUUUCAUGGAAGUUUAUUGAAGAAUCUGCGAAAGCUGGGAAAUUGGUAGACAUGGAAGCACAUCGAUGCGGUGCACAAGCAGGGACGAUUAGUGAACGAGCAACUGCACAGCUCCCAAGAACCACGCGCACACUUUAUACAGCUGAGGAUGAUCGCAUUUUGACCAAAUGGGUCUUGAAGGCAGAGCGAAUGGGGCGGCCCACGAAGGGUAAUCAAAUAUACAUGGAAUUGGCGGCGCGGGUAAGUGUAUUACAUUAGAUUAAAGCAUUUUUGCGGAAUUUAGGUUGAUAAUUUGUUACAGUAUCCUCAGCAUACAUAUCAAUCUUGGCUAGACCAUUGGAAGCGGUACCUUCUACCUCGCCAUGAGGCAGGAAAAUUACAUUACGAUACAGAGGAUGGCGACUCACCAUCUCCCGAAAGGCAACCAAAACCUGCUAAAAAGGAGCCCGCCAAGCCUCCUCCAACACGAAUUCCUCAUGAACAAGUACAAACAGGUGCUUCAAAAGAAAGAGUCCCGGUUCCUGACUCUUCAUCCCUUCCAAGGCAUUCAGGCUCCCGGUCAUCGCGGCCGGCAUUUUCAAAAGCCUCAUCCUCCGAGGUGGAUACACGAAAGCCUGUAGAUGGGCGACCUUUUACAAAAGAGGACGAUAGUUUUCUUCAGAAGGAGUUUGUGGCAAUUUGCAAUAUUGAUCCCAAUAAAGAGAUUGCGGCCUGGGAGGCGUGGACUAGAGCAGUAAGUUGAAUAUUAAAAAUCCAUAUGUAACACUGAUGUUAAGGCACGCAGCAUCCUGAUCAUACAGCCCAAGAAUGGCGAAACUAUUUCCAUGAAGACUUUUACCCUCGAGAAAUGAAAGAAAGGGCAAUGAAAAAGCAGACAAAAAUUAAGCCUGCGUCAUCGACGAGUAGUCGGCAUGUUUCUAGUCCCUUACAAGAUGAAGUUAACAAAGCAUCCACACGAACGAAGCAUUCUACCAAUAAUCCCGAGAAAGCUUCAGUAGAGGCCUCUGUCAAAAGCCCAGUUACUCCUCAAAAUGCUAGAUCAAGAGCCCACCAUGAGCCAAAGACGACAACACAGGUUAUUUUAGGAAAAAUUGAUAUGGAACAAAGGCCUUAUACGAACUCACUUCUGAAGGAAGAGGCAUAUUUUACGCACACCCUAAAAGAAUUCUCGGAAGUCUUGGGGUUUGAACCUGAUGACUUGAACUUUCAUCCUGUAGUUUGCGGAAAAGAGAUUUCCAUUUUCAAGCUCUGGCAGAUCGUUAUGUUAUUUGGUGGGUUUGCAAAGACAAACGCUGACAGUCGAUGGCAAGAGGUAGCUGAUAGACUAAGCUUUCCCAUUGCCAACCGUGCCAAGGCAGCUAAAGAUUUGAAAAGUUGUUAUGAAGAAAUAUUGUCUGAAUUGGAAACAGCAGUUAAAGAGGCCCAAAACGACACAGAGAAUCCUGAAUUUACAGCCUCUCAAGAAGAAGAAGUUAUGAUAGCAUCCCAGCUCAAAGAUACGGUUUCACACAGUGUUCAGAAAUCCUCCGGUCAUGACGAGGAAAUAGAGGACAACGAUGAAGUUCCAAAGCUACCACCGCCGAGGACUAAAUCUAAGCAACAGUUGACCACGUCAACCAAUAAACGCACAAUUGACUCCGACGGCUUGUCCAACCUUACCGGUUCUUCUGCAACUAAGCACGAAAUCAAGCGUCGUAAGGUCCAGAAGGGCAAAGGUAAAGAAGUGGAAAUUCCAUCCACUCCAGAACAUAUUUUCAAUGCUACACAACCACCUAUAAGUCAUCACACAGCGCCGCUUAAGUAUCCAUUUGAUAAAAAUAGCGAAGAUGAUAGUAGCGAUCAUGAAGUCCGAGAAAGAAUUCGUCGUAUUCAGAAAAAGAAACCGGGAGGGUCAUGUGGAGAACCUUCAGCCAGAAAACCUUUAAUCGAGCCGGAGACGCAAGAUUUCCAUUAUCCAGACAUUGAUAAAGAAGCCUCAAUAGUAUCUCCGACUCCGGCUCCGAAAAAAAGAGCCGCAAAUAAUAUCAUUGAUUUAAGUAAAGAUUCGUCUACAGAGUCGGAACCAGAACCAGAACCAGAUUCGGAAUCAGAUUCGGAAGACUCGAUUAACGCCGAGUUCGCCAAAUAUCUGGAGCUUGGCUAUUCCCGUGAAGUCAUAGCGGAAGCUCUCAUUGCAUCGACUUACGUAUAUGACGUUGCAAGCGUCAUUAUGGAACAAUUGAAAAUGGGCCACGAUAUACCGGACAAUAUGGAAGGAGCUUGGACUAAAAGGGAUGAUGAUGCGCUACUGAAGAACAGGGGGCCAGAGUAUGAGAGGAUCAGGGAGAAACAUGGUGAUGGGAGGAUUGCUGCGAGGAAGAAGUUUAAUCGACAUAUUCAGAGCCUUCAACAAUUGGAUUGAGAUGAGGAAAUUUUUGGUAGGGAAGAGAUAGGGGAGGAUUGAUGGCAAUGAUGAUAUGUGAUGUAGCACAUAAGAGGUGCGCAGUGGAAUGAAAGGGUAAUACGAGGGCGUAAGGUUAUCUUACAGUCUGUCUUUUGAUUUGGGAACAUAGUUCAUGAGUGUGAUAUCCAGGAAUGGGGCGGGGCGUUGCAGUCCGGGGCGCGAAUGGCUAUAUAUUUUCUCUUGCCUUCUUUUGGGAAAUAUCAUCGUCUAUUUAUCAUUAAUCACUAUUUAGGCCAUAUUAUAAUAAACGAGCAUUGGGCUGUCAUAU